GGACCUGAAAUCUCAGGCAAGGACUCUCCGGCCGUUAUAAAUACUCCCCUUUCCCAAAACCUCCAUUCUACACGGCCUCAUUUCCUGUUCCCAUCCCCCAACUCCCUUUUUUUUUUCUCCCUUCACGCCGCUUUUUAUUUUCUCAUCUUAGUUUAAGAAUUUCUGCAUCGGUAGGAUUUGAUUCAGGAUGACUAUCCUCGUUGAACAGCCAGAGUUUGGAAUUAAUGAGGUAGAGGAAAAGGGGAUCCAAAAGAAUGAAAGGGAAUUGGUAUUGGACGGGGGCUUUUCUGUGCCUCAGGCCAAUGCUUUUGGCCAAAAUUUUAGGGAUUAUGAUGCUGAAAGUGCAAGGCAACAAGGGGUUGAGAAUUUCUACAGGACCAAUCAUAUUUACCAAACAUAUGAUUUUGUAAAGAAGAUGAGAGAAGGGUAUGGGAAGUUGGACAAGGUGGAAAUGAGCAUAUGGGAAUGCUGUGAACUUCUCAAUGAAGUGGUUGAUGAAAGUGAUCCUGAUUUGGAUGAACCUCAAAUCGAGCACUUAUUGCAGACUGCUGAAGCCGUCAGAAAAGAUUAUCCUAAUGAAGAUUGGCUACACUUGACCGCCCUGAUCCAUGAUCUUGGGAAGGUUCUUAAUCUUCCGAGCUUUGGAGAGCUCCCUCAGUGGGCCGUUGUAGGUGACACAUUCCCAGUUGGGUGCGCUUUUGACGAAUCAAUUGUCCACCACAGGUACUUCGAGGAAAAUCCUGACUACGCUAAUCCUGCGUACAACACCAAAUGUGGAGUUUAUUCUGAAGGUUGUGGACUGGACAACGUGCUGAUGUCUUGGGGCCAUGAUGACUACAUGUAUCUGGUGGCCAGAGGGAACAAGACAACACUGCCAUCUGCUGGCCUUUUUAUCAUCAGAUUCCAUUCCUUUUAUGCAUUACACAGGUCAGGAGCAUACAAGCACUUGAUGAACGAGGAAGAUGAGCAGAAUCUCAAGUGGCUUCAAAUAUUCAAUAAAUAUGAUCUCUAUAGCAAGAGCAAGGUCAGAAUUGACGUGGAAAAAGUCAAGCCUUAUUACCUCUCUCUCAUCGACAAGUAUUUCCCGGCGAAGCUACGAUGGUGAAGAGUCAAAAAUUAGAUGAGUUGAAAAAAAAAA